UUGACAUUUGACUUAUGACUUUCUUGGAGCGUGCGUGUCUGCAACCAUUUCUUUUUGCCCUCUCUUCUAGAGCAUAAACGUUCCUCGUGUUGCUUUUUUCGCAAAAACUCACAUAAAAUGGAAAACGAAGCCGGAGACUGUGUUGACCUGUACUGCCCCAGGAAAUGCUCUGCUUCAAACAGAAUCAUCCAUGCUAAAGACCAUGCUUCGAUUCAAAUAAGCAUUGCUGAAGUUGAUCCAGCCACUGGUAGAAUGGCUGACACCUCCAAGAGCUAUGCCUUGUGUGGAGCUAUCCGCAGAAUGGGCGAGUCAGACGACUGUAUUGUGAGGUUAACCAAGAAGGAUGGUAUCAUUGCCAAGAACUUCUAAGCAGCCCGGGGAUGUUAUGUUAGGUUUUUUAAAUGUACAACUACCAGUCUAAAUAAAGAAAUAUGACUAAAACACUGUUUCUAUAA